GUGAUUCGGAUCCUGAAGGAGCUGAAGCAGAAAUAUCCCGACAAAGAGCUCGACCAGCUGAUGGAGCUGGCCAACUAUUACGCCCUACUGCACCAACAGAAGAGCAGAGCAUUCUACCGCAUACAGGCGACCCGUAUGAUGAUCGGCGCCGGUAACAUCCUGAAGAAGCACGCAGCAGACCACGCCCGCCGUGCAGUCGUCGCCGAUGAGGAAGCACCAGAAGAAGAAGACCAGGGAGUGUGCAGCCGCAUCUCAUUUGAGAGCGCCCACAGUCAGUGCAUGGAGAACUGUGGCAUUCUGAGGCUCGCUGUGAUCUGCCAAGGAGGUCUGGGGGAGAACACCUUCUAUGUGGACUACAGGACAGAGGACGGUUCUGCCAACGCCGGCUCCGAUUACGAGUACAACGAGGGAACGCUCGUUUUCAAACCCGGAGAGACUCAGAAAGAUAUAAAGGUCGGGAUAAUCGAUGACGACAUCUUCGAGGAGGACGAGCACUUCUUUGUGCGUCUGCUGAAUCUGCGUGUCGGCGACGCGGAGGGCAUGUUCGAGAGCGAUGAAGUCGGCGCCGCCCCUAAAUGUCGCUUGGUCGAGCCCCUGGUCGCCACGGUGACCAUCCUGGACGACGACCACGCCGGCAUCUUCACGUUCAGCGAGCGCAUGGUGCGGGUGAGCGAGAGCGUCGGCACCAUGGAGGUGACGGUGGUGAGGAACUCGGGCGCCCGAGGCACCGUCAUCCUGCCGUACCACACCGAGUCCGGCACCGCCAAGGCCGGAGACGACUACGAGGACGCCCGGGGGGAGCUGGAGUUCACAAACGACCAGACAACUCAGACAUUCCAGGUGAGGAUCAUUGACGAUGAAGAGUACGAGAAACAUGAAAACUUCUUCAUCGUGUUGGAGGAGCCUCGCUGGCUGAAGAGAGGAAUCUCAGCUCUGCUACUCAGCCAAGACGGGGCGGAGGGGCAGAUGAGUUCCGAGGAAGAGGAGGCCCGGAGGAUAGCCGAGAUGGGGAAGCCCAUCCUGGGGGAGCACAGCCGCCUGGAGGUGGUCAUCGAGGAGUCGUACGAGUUCAAGAGCACCGUCGACAAGCUCAUUAAGAAGACCAACUUGGCGCUGGUGAUCGGCACACACUCCUGGAGGGAACAGUUUGUGGAGGCGGUCACUGUCAGCGCAGGCGAUGGUGAUGACGAUGAUGAGGAGGGUCGCGAGGAGCGUCUUCCAUCGUGCUAUGACUACGUCAUGCAUUUCCUCACCGUCUUCUGGAAGGUUCUCUUCGCCUGCGUCCCUCCCACGGAGUACUGGAACGGCUGGGCCUGUUUCUUAGUCUCCAUCAGCGUCAUUGGCCUGCUCACCGCCGUCAUCGGCGAUUUGGCGUCGCACUUCGGCUGCACCGUGGGGCUUCGGGACACUGUGACCGCGGUGGUGUUUGUCGCUCUGGGAACUUCUAUUCCAGACACCUUUGCGAGCAAAGUGGCCGCCAUGCAGGACCAGCAUGCUGACGCGUCCGUUGGCAACGUCACCGGUAGCAACGCUGUCAACGUGUUCCUGGGGAUCGGCGUGGCGUGGUCGGUGGCCGCCAUCUACUGGAAAGUGCAAGGGAAGGAGUUCAGGGUGGACCCGGGGUCGCUGGCCUUCUCCGUCACACUCUUCACCAUCUUCGCUUUCAUCGCCAUGGCCGUGCUCCUGUUCAGACGUCGGCCCGCCUUUGGCGGCGAGCUGGGCGGCCCGAGGUUGCCCCGCCUCCUGACCAGCCUGCUGUUCGUGGGGCUGUGGUUGCUCUACAUCCUCUUCUCCAGCCUGGAGGCCUACUGCCACAUCCCGGGCUUUUAAAAAAAAAAAGAAAAGAAGAUGCAGUGAGUUCUGGAAGAAUCCUGCACGGCGGCAACACACAUUAACACACUCAUUCGUUUACUGACCACACACACCCGGGCGCCCUGCAGCCUGGAGGUGAUGCAGGGAUCAGAUUCAUGUUCACACACACACACACACAUCAUAUUAACGCAUGUGUAAACAGAUCCUAACACACACACACACACACCGUUACAGGCAUGAUGAAGGACCAGGGGAAGUGUGUUUGAAGGGCGAGAAGUGUGAAAACAGAAGGUCACUGUAGCAAAGUUAGCAGAGAGCAGACGGAGAACGGAGAGAGUGAUGAAGUGGUCGUGACAUUUUUGGAGGUGAGAGAGGGUCAGGUGAGCUGCUGGAGGGUUGUUGUUGAUUUAAGGCCAGGUGGGUUUAGGAAGGAUCGGAGACGGAGGCAUCGGGUCAGACCGCUGAUGGAGAAGAAGCCUGUGUAGAAAAAAAUGUAUCCAUCCAAGUUGCAUCGAGGGAAUCUCGCAUUUGUUUGUCCUCCCACCCCUCCUCUCCUCUCCUUUUCAAGUACAGCUCCACCCGUCUUCACUCAGGAGGCGGAGCACAGAGUGAAAAUAAAAAAGGAGUGAAAUGUUUACAAUAGCUAUAACAUGAAGUUUGUUUACUAUGGGGGGGGGUUCUUGUAAAGUGAUGCUCGUCUAACACACUGUAUAGGUGAAUGCGUUUCUCCACACGCGCUGUAAAUAGUCAAAAACCAGUGUACAUAUAUCGAGUGUAGUGUUUUCAUUCAGCAGACGGACUCAGACUUCCUCUGUCACGCACAUGCUUAACAUUAGACUUGAAGAUAACUUAGGGAGUGUGGAAAUGAACGGCGAUAUAUUCAGCCAAUGAAAUACUGACUUGAGUCUCAGCUGAUACACUAAUGGAUCAAUGUUUUUAAAAAGAGCCAUAGCAUCCUGCGUCUCUGUCGCAUUUGUCUCUCGACUGAAUCGUUUCCGUGGUAACCUUUGAUAAUUUCAAACUGAAGAUCGUUUGCAUGUAAAGUCAGGAUCAUCUUCUAAUGCACACACAGUUCAAUAGAAAAGGGAAAUAAAGUUGUAAAUUAUAAAACAUCCCUGUGUUUGUGUCUGCUCAGCUGCUCCUUGAUGUGAAACCUUCCUUUUUUUUAAAAACGCUGUGUCAGAAAGACAGGAAGUAGACGGAAGAGAGUUUGGUCUGAGAGGAGCAGGAAGGACGUUUUUUUGUGCACACACACACACAUGUGCGCGCUGUGUGGAGUGUAAUCACAACACACGUGGCCAGAGAAGUGAAUGUGAGUGCAGACAGACACUGAACAUGCAGUCAGUCAUCACUGUGUCAUUCUGAGUAGUGACAGACUAAUCCAUUACUGUGGCAUGAAUCCUGACAGACUAAUCCUGCACCUUUCUGUAGUGACAGCAGCAUGAUCGGACAAACACACGCAUGGAUGGGUCAAACAAGACAUAAACAGUGUUAGCUAACCCUUCCAGUCGUCAAUUUUGACUCCACAGAUUCCACAGAUGCUUAAGAUAGCACCCAUACAAUAGAGCACCCAUACAAUAGAGCACACAUACAAUGCCUUAACUCCAACUCUCAAGUAAAAAAAAUCUCGUAUUCAAGCUUUCAGCUGUCCAGACUGCACUUUAUGUUGAGUUUCUUCUUUCAGCGACAAGCGGUUAAGUGUGCAAUACAUGAGAGGGAGUCUAUAUGAACUGUCUGCAGCUCUAAAGUAGGCUAACACAGGAUGCAGACCACAGCGUGGAGACUGUUGUAAUUGUGUCUCCGCUCAUCUGUGCUGACUGAGAGCACAAUAUCAGUACCAGACAUGCUAAAAAAAUCACUUCCCAUUUUGAGGGAAAGUCUUUGUACAAAAAAAGCUAACAAAGGUCUAUCGUGUAAUUGUUCUCUAGACUAUAUGUUUACAGUCUGCAGGUCAGCAGCAGACAGCCUGACGAGCUCACAGGAUUUCUGUACAGAAGCAGCAGCAGCCCCUGUGUCCGGUUAGAUCAUCUUUUUUAUAAAUCAUAGCAACAUUAACAGGUGGUUCAGUGAACGACUCAUUCAUGAGCACCGCUCUUCUAAGCAUUUUAUGUCAUGCUCAGUAUUGCAUGGUAGAGUUGGAACAACAUCGGCAUGCUGUUUGCAGACAUGCUCUGAUUGGCUGAGCAUGUUGCAAACAAACAAUCAGUUCAUUAAAAAAAAGGCCAUAGCAAAUUUACCGAGCGUUGUGCAACAGAUUAAUGAUAAUUCAGUGGUUAACUAAUUGAUUAGAAAGUCAGAGCAUUUAAAGGCCAGCCUCCUUUUUACAUGAUGAGAGCUAAUCAUUUAUCAUGACUGUAAUAAUCCUCUCUGCACAAUAUCAGUCACAUCACACACAUCUCUCUGUGAGUGCUACGAUAACAAACUCUCGCCCACAAAAUGAUAAGUGCUAUAAAAAAGUGGAAUUUGUUACAACUCGUCGUCGUCGUUCAUGAAAUGAGAGAAAGGAUUUGAUUUGUUUACCGCCGUGAGCUCACCAUACUUUGUAAAACUUUCUAAAAAAACAC